AUGGAGCUGCGCAGCGGAGCGAUUCUCCCCGGCCCCGUGCCCGUCCCCAUAACGGCGGCGGAGCAGCACGCGGACGGGUGGUUCCGCGAGGGCGUGCGCCUGGUGUUUGCGCGCUGGACCGCGCUGCAGCUGGCGGUGGAGAACCAGUGGGGAGGCGGAAGGAGCGCGGAGAAGGCGCAACACAUGCAGGCGGAUUUGGUCCACUUCUGCUACAGCAAGCGCGGAGCGGUGUAUUCGGACGAGCUGGAGGAGUGGCUGGACGAGGCGACAGUAAAAGAUUUCAGCAUGGAGGUGGAGGAUGGGAGCCUGCGAGAGGUAGCAGACAAGAUAGUUGAAGUGUUCAAGGCAUGUAGGGACGGAAAUUUUACUCUCGUGCAGCAAUUGCAAGAAGCGGAAGCAGCUGCUGCUGCCAAGGGAAGGCGCGCGGCACUGCAGCAGAGCAGGGCGGCAAACCGCAAUGCAGACAGCGAUGACAGUGAUUCUGAUGUGGAGGAAGUGGGGAACGGAGGAGCCAUGGAUGAAGACACACCCGAAAGGGGUGCUGGAGUGGGAGCUUCUGGUUCGGUCAGUUCAGCAACCGUUCCGUCACGUCUAGGUCGCCAGUUUCGAGCUGCACCCCUAGUCAGAAACGCGGAGAUUAUUGGGGAACAGAGGUACUCCAGAAGAGAACCUACAGCAGCCGCUCUUGCCUCACAAGGUGAUGUUUCCACCGAGGGCUUGGAGCUGACUGAGGAGAACGUCGAGAAGGUUCUUGACGAGGUUCGGCCGUACUUGAUGGCGGACGGCGGCAAUGUGGAAUUGUACGACAUUGAUGGUCUCGUCGUGAAGCUGCGGCUUCAGGGUGCGUGUGGUUCGUGCCCGAGUUCCACAAUGACCAUGAAGAUGGGGAUUGAACGGAGGUUGAUGGAGAAGAUUCCAGAGAUAGUCUCCGUCGAGCAGAUCACGGACCAGGAGACGGGCCUUCCACUGGACGAGGAGAACGUGGAAAAGGUGCUGUCCGAGAUCAGGCCAUAUCUGGUAGGGACGGGUGGUGGGGAGCUGACUCUUGUGAAGAUUGAUCCGCCGAUUGUGAAGGUCAGAAUUGAUGGGCCCGCAGCAGGAGUAAUGACGGUUAGAGUGGCUGUUACUCAGAAGCUCAGGGAGAAAAUUCCAUCCAUUGCUGCUGUACAGUUGCUUUGA